UCUUCUAAUGAUGCUCAUGAUGACCGCCAAUAUCGACGCCAAAACGAUGGAAAUACCGAUAACGAUGCCAGGCCACAGUGCCUAUAUGAUGCCAGGCCACAGUGCCUACGAUGCCAGGCCACAGUGCCUAUAUGAUGCCAGGCCCCAGUGCCUACGAUGCCCAUACCGAUGA